AUGCUCCGCGGCUACCUUCUCCGCUUACGCCACGCCGGCCCGCUGCCCGCGCGCCUUGACCCCUACCGGCGGGGGUGUGCGCGCGGGGGGGUGGCGGGCGGAAUGUGGGGGACGGUGAGGGGAGAGGGAGGCGGAGGGGCCGGGGAAGACGGGGGAGGGGGGGAGGCGUGGGGAGAGGACGUCGUGGGGCUCAAGUCGUUCCCUUCCACCACCGUCAGCAAGUCGUUCCCUUCCACCACCGUCAACACCAACCCGCUCCAACCACCUGACCCCCGGCCCUCGCCCGCAUACCCCAUGAAGGCCCGGCCCGUGGCGGACAGCCCUGCAGCGCUGGGCGCGCGCGCGCUGUACCGCAAGAUGGUGUGCUCUCAGCGCGGAGGCUCGUGCUUCGAGUCCAACGUGCUGUUCGCCUGGGUGCUCCGCCACCACCUCGCCUGCCAGGUCGACCUCCUCCCCGCCCUCUCCUGCCACUCGCCACACUCGCCCCGCCACCACCACUCCCCUCCGUCCUCCUCCCGGCGAUCCUCUCGUCCACCACCUGUACCGGCUGCUACUUUGAAUGCUGCCUCCCCUGCAGCAGCGCCAUCGCCGGACGAUGCGGCUGCCUGCAUGGCUCGCCUCUCAUCUCCUGCUGACUCAGCGCAGCAGCCUGUCCAGUCAGCUAGUGCAGCUGCCUCAUCAGCAAGUGCAGAGCUGGCAGACCAUAUGUGUCUGCUGGUGCACAUCAACGGCAUGGCAUGGCUCGCUGACGUCAGCACGCCCUGCUGCCCCAGCAGCCUUGUGCCCCACCCCAUGUUCUUGGAGCCACUGCUCUUCCAACCCGGCAUCCACCAGGCACGCCGCUCCUUCCCCUCUCCUCCCAUCUCCAUUUAUUACACACCGUUUCCUCUCCAUGCCACCUCUCAAUCCCACCACUCCUCUCCCCCACAGCACCAGGACGCGGGGGUGUACCGCAUAUCCCCAUGCGCCCCGCCCCACCCGCCAGCACCUGGCAUGGCAGCCCCUUGGGGGCACGGAAGAGGUGCGGGGGCUGUCAGUGUGGCGCCUGCAUGCACGGCUGAGAGCCAGGAGAAGCCAGUAGCAGCAGUAGCAGCAGCGGACAGGGGCAGGGAAGGAUGGAGGGCGGUAGAAGGCGGUGUGCAAGGGUGGGAAGUGGAGCACGUAGAGGGAGGAAUGGAUGGGCGCAUGGGUGAGGGGAGUGCUGGCUUGGACGCAGACUCCAAUUCAGACCCCGAUGAUGAUGAUGAUGAUGAUGAUGCCUUCUACAGGGAGGGCUUGGGUGGCGACACAGCACCAUGCCCACCGUGGCUCACGCAUGCUGCAGGUGGACAGGCAGCAGCGGUGAGGGCAGGCGAGCAGUGGUAUGCGGUGGAGAGGCUGUGCCGCGUGGGGCCCAGUGAAGCAGGCGGUCGAUGGGUAGGAGCAGAUGGCGAGCAGGCGGCAUGGGGGGAGGCCGCUUGUGAGGAGGAGGCGCAGUGGCAGCCGCUGUAUCGCUUCUCCACGUGGCCGCGUGACACAGCUCACUUCCUCCAGGUGCUCCCGCCUCUCCCUGGCUCUCUCGCCUCCUUCCCUUCUGCCUGUGCCAUGAGGUCGCGCACACAUAGCAAGCAUGCCACGGCACCAGCGCUAUGCAUGCGCCAUGCCUCGCCCCUGGGCGGGCCGCGUGUGGCGGUGCGCGUGUGCAGUGAGGGGGAGGUGGAGGCGGAGGGCAGGGGGGUGAUUCGCGAGAUGAUCCGCGACCGCCACUUGCUGCUGCUGGAUGGCCACGGGCGCGUGCAGGUGAGAGGGGCGCGUGCUGGUGAGAGGGGCGAGUACGCGGAGGGGUUGGUAAGGCAGAGGCAGCAGCAGCUGGCAACAGACGAUGAGUUCAGUGCGGUGGUGAGGGGCCGGUUUGGCAUCCGGCUGGGUGCAGAUGAUGUGAUUGCCAUGCCUCCUGUGCCCAGGGAGCCGCCACUUGGUGACGUGUGGUUGGCCAGCGAGUGGUGA